AUGAGUGCCCGGACGCCCUUCAUUCCCAACGGUUCGAGGCCAGCAUCUAGAGUCACUAAUAAGAAUAGCGAGCAGAAUGUAGAUCCCGUGUCCCAGCAAGCACUCAGCGCUCACUUUGUUCCCGAGACGAACAGCCCUUUGCACCAUUCAGAUGCGUCCUCAAAAGCUCAAUCGAUCCACAAAGGACCUUCUGGGAGUGUUCCAGAUCCCAAAGCUACUAUUCAAAAACCUCUCAACCUGAAUGGAUUCAUGAAAAAAAUCGCAGCUCUACCAAACUCUUCGUUGGAUUCUACUAGGCAAGGACACACCGCUCGUUCUCGUCCCUCCAUGGACAAACAAAACAUUGUUCACUCCCUUGUCAGACGUGAUACCACCGUGGUCGCUUCUUCGAAUCUUGUUACGCCCGUUCCUCGUCUCGCCAUUCAGUCUAUGCCUCCAGCUUUUUCUCUUCACCCAGAUUCGCCUGGUGCUUCAUUCAAUACGUCUGCACCUCUCUCUUCUUCGAAUCAACCAUCAUCAGAUGCCGAGAAUUUCAAGUUGAAUUUGUCAAUGUCCAAAGGAGCCCCACCUCAGCGCGUUCCUGUCGAAGAGAACUAUACUCUCUCAGGUCUCAUACCCAGAAAUCGGAACAAACGUACAAGGCCUAAUGAAGACGAGGAGCAAGAUCCAGAUCUAGUCUAUAUAGGGACGGCUGCUGCUAUAACUACCAAAAGAGCGCAGGUACCGAAGAGACACAAGCCUCAGGGUCAUCAGCUUGAUCGUCCCCCAGACAUCGAAUAUAUGCGGCAGUCGUUCUCUCCCCAACCCUUUUCUAGCCCAGUUGCUCACCUUGGAUCUGAAUAUAACGCAAGUCCUAAAGAUCCGACUGGCUUUUAUCACCAACAAAGCGGAGAGGGUCGCGGACAUUCGAAUGAUUUUUUGGAAGAUAACAAUAGCAAGAAUCAUGCUUCUACUGCCGGGACGAACAACACUCUCGAUACGCUUUUGGGCUGUCAGACUAACGUGUAUAUUGAUGACCAUAUGGCUCGCUAUCAGCAGCUGUCGAGCAAAUGGCAGGAGUGCACGAUAGAAGAAUGGGUGAAAGGUGCAGAAGAAAUUAUGGCCAAGUACUCAAAAGUACUGGAUUAUGUGAAGAAGCACAUGGAGUCAAAACUCAAGCUAUUGGCAUCUUUCGAUACUCAGAUUAAUGAACACAAAGUCAUCUUGGAGGGACGAGCUAAAGUCCUUGAUAGCGCAAAGCAGAAACUGGUGUCCAACGGCCAAGACAUGAUUGGUGAUGGGCCGUCCGGAUUCUGA